CUAGAGAAGCAGCAGCAGCAACGAUUUUAAAGAGCUCUUUAAAAUCUUUAAAAGCAUUAUAAAAAUUUAUGCAUUUUUAUAAAAUUUUCUUUCACAAAACUGUAAAUAAUAAAGCAUUAAGCUGGAUUUCCAUAGCAAUAGCUUUUUUUCCACCCCACAUUCUUCUUCAAUGAUGAAUCAGGACAAUCCAUAUGCGAUGAACCAAACUUGCAAGGUUUGUGGGGAACCUGCAGCUGGAUUUCAUUUUGGAGCAUUUACAUGUGAGGGAUGUAAGUCAUUCUUUGGCCGCUCCUAUAAUAAUCUAUCCUCCAUAUCGGAUUGCAAGAACAAUGGAGAGUGCAUCAUCAAUAAAAAGAAUCGCACGGCCUGCAAAGCUUGUCGCUUACGCAAGUGUUUAAUGGUGGGCAUGUCCAAGAGCGGUUCACGUUAUGGCAGAAGAUCCAAUUGGUUUAAGAUUCAUUGCCUGCUGCAGGAGCAACAACAGCAGGCGGCAGCCGCCAUGGCAGCCCAUCAAAACAACCAACAACAGGCUCAUAAUGCGGCUGCUGCUAUGCAUGCCAAGCCUCCGGGCAUACCACCACCUUCAGCCGCAGCAGCUGCCUUGGGUAUGCUGGGUCAUGCGGGCGCCUAUUCCGGCUUAUAUCCUCCACGAACUAAAGAAGAACUCAUGAUGCUGAGUUUGGAGGAAUAUGCCAAACAUCCUGCUGCCUCACCCUCUGUUAGUUCCCCCGACUCCCAUAACUCCGAUGGCUCGGUGGAGAUAAAUGGUAGAACUAAUGCUGGUCUUAUGCAUCUGUCUAAUAAACAUGCUGCUUUGGAUGCCGCCUCUGCCAGCUCAACAUCUUCUGUGGGCCCCCCGCCUCCACCACAUUCCUCCCAUUUAAGAAAAGAUCUACCUCCCUUUUUACCAUUGCCUUUUCCUGCCCUCUCCUCCAUGCCCGUCAUGCCACCACCCAGUUUUCUACCUCCCUCUCAUCUGCUGUUUCCUGGCUAUCAUCCUGCCCUUUAUCAACAUGCCCAUGCUGGCUUGCUGAAACCCUCCCCCGAGCAACAGGCUGCUGCAGCUGCUGUCCAUCAGCUAUUCAAUAAUGCUCCCAGAUUUCAUCCCACAACUAUAACCACCUCAACGGAAGAGCGUAAAUUAGAGGAUCACAAGCAGGAUUCAUCACUAAUUACACCACGCUCGGAUGCCUUAAACAAUAAUCACAUACCAAAUGGCAGCAAGGCAGCCGAAGAAUUAACCAAACGUUUCUAUUUGGAUGCUGUGCUCAAGUCCCAACAACAAUCACCUCCACCCAUGGUCACCAAAAUACCCAAUCUUACCAAACACGAUCACUCCAUCUCCGCCCUGGUCACACCCAACUCAGAAAGUGGCCGCAAUCACAGCAAUACUUCCCGGCAAAGUAAUGAGGAGGAGGUGGACGAAGAUCUAACAGAACAUCAAACUAAAUCCCUAAACGAUUCCCAUUCAAAUGGCCAGGAUAGUGAGCCGCAUGAUGAGGAAGAGGAGGAAGAUUUGGUAGUAUCCAUGACUCCUCCCAGAUCACCCAUAGACAUAGAGGAUGAUCAAAGUAGCAAAUCGCUAAAUCAAGAUUCAUCCUCACCCAGAGGUCAAGAUAAUCCCAUAGAUUUGAGUAUGAAAACCGCCAGUUCUGUGUCCAGCUGUUUAAGCCUUAGCAAUCGUUGUGAUUCAUCUUCUGAUCAGGAAAAUGAAGGCAAUGAAGCAAACGAUAAUAGUGAGGAGUUGGAGGAAAAGGAGGUUUGGAGAAGCCAUGAGUUUACCAGAAAUUGUUUGAAUAAUAACAACAAUGACAGUGAAGAGGAAAUCAAAGUCAAGGGUAAGGGGGUUAAGAGAAAAUUUGAGGAGUGUAAUUCUCAAAACUCAGCAGAAGAACAGGAUGAAGUAACAGUUAAGGUGGCAAAAAAGACAGGCUCGGCUUUGGAUUUAACCAACAAGUUGUAA